CCACGGCACAGAGCCACAGACCCAUUAACACUUUCUGUCAUCCAUCCUCAUUUCUCAACCACUAUUUCUAAAUCCAUAAAACCAUUAAACUAUACAAGUAGCCAUUAUUCAUGUUCACAAAAAAAAUCCCUUUCUAAUAUUUUAUUACAUCUUUCCGCAAAUAAAUUAAUCAACAACUAUGCCUAGUAACGAGCACAACUUCACCCUCUUCUUCUGAUUAUACAAAUAGUUAUAAAAAAAGACUUCUUUUUUUCUUUUAAUGGAGUCACUUCCAUUGAUAUACAGAGCUUCACACCCACCAACGACGUCGUUUAAGGCCUUUAAUAAUGGGUCCCUUUGCUUUGACUUUCUGGUACCAAAGUCAACCCUUAGGAGUAAGAAAUUCAGGUAUGGUGGAGGUAUUGUGAGGGCUUCAAUGGAGCCCAAUAGGAGGGGAGAGAUGAUUGAUGGAGUUGGAAGAUCAGACGGUGGAGGAAGAGGGUACACUGGAUCAGCUAUGGAAGUUACCACAUUUAAUCAAAGCUUUGGGGAUGCUCAUGCUGCUGCCUCUGCUGACUUUCCUGUUUGGGAUAAGAUUGGGGCUGUUGUCAGACUUAGCUAUGGAAUUGGCAUAUAUGGCGCUAUGGCUCUAGCUGGGAGGUUCAUAUGCUCACUAUCCGGAAUAGAUAGUUCUGGAGGUUUCCAACUGUCGUUUGAUGCCAUUAUUCAAGGACUUGGAUAUGCAACCCCUCCUAUCAUGGCUCUCCUCUUUAUACUAGAUGAUGAGGUUGUAAAGGUGUCACCCCAUGCUCGUGCGAUAAGGGAUGUGGAGGACGAGGAGCUUCGUAGCUUUUUCUAUGGAAUGUCACCGUGGCAGUUUAUACUCAUUGUUGCUGCAAGCUCAGUAGGAGAGGAACUCUUCUAUCGAGCUGCUGUCCAGGGUGCUCUUGCUGAUAUAUUUCUGAGGAGCAGCGAUUUGGUAACUGAUGCUAGGGGAAUGGCGGCUCUGGCUGGUGUGCUGCCUCCAUUUGUACCAUUUGCCCAAGCAUUUGCAGCAGUCAUUACAGCUGGUCUUACAGGUUCUCUAUAUUAUAUAGCUGCAUCACCGAAAGAUCCUACAUAUGUUGUAGCCCCUGUUCUACAAUCUCGCUCUGGCCGUGAGGAAUUGAAGAAGCUUUUUGCAGCUUGGUAUGAGCGGAGGCAAAUGAAAAGAAUAUACUCACCCCUUCUAGAAGGAAUUUUGGGGCUGUACCUUGGAUUUGAGUGGAUCCAGACAAGUAACGUCCUUGCACCUAUCAUCACGCAUGGAAUAUACUCUGCGGUUGUUCUAGGGCAUGGCUUGUGGAAGAUUCACGAUCACCAGCGCAGGUUACGUCAGAGAAUCCAGCAGCUAAAAUCAGAAAGGAAUAGCAGGGCCAACACUUUUUGAAAGAUCUCGUUUGUUGUCUUAACAGAACUGUAAAUUACAGUUAUAUAGACAGUGUAGAUUCUCAAUAUUCUAAAUCACAGGCAAUGUAGUUGUAUAGAGUGUAUAUAUAUACUAUUAAACUACACGUUAGACAAUGUAUAUGAUUGUAGUAGAACUGAAGUAGAUGAAGUACAACUACAGAAGGUUUGGUUUGUAAUAUUACAACUUCCAUUGGCAGGUGCCAGUUAGUAUUCUUUUUCUUACUA